AUGCGAAAAUCAAUAAAAUUACAAAUAAGGAAAUUUAACCAAAAUAUUCUUUAUGGUUUCAUUACGAUUGUUAAUCGGCUACUUUUAAUCUUGGUGCGUCUGCAUUAUCUGUGGGGGAACUCAUAUUCUUCAUUAUCUGUGGGGAAACUCAUAUUCUUCAUUAUCUGUGGGGGAACUCAUAUUCUUCAUUAUCUGUGGGGAAACUCAUAUUCUUCAUUAUCUGUGGGAAACUCAUAUUCUUCAUUAUCUUCUCAUAUUCUUCAUUAUCUGUGGGGGAACUCAUAUUCUUCAUUAUCUGUGAGGAACUCAUAUUCUUCAUUAUCUGUGGGGAACUCAUAUUCUUCAUUAUCUGUGGGGAAACUCAUAUUCUUCAUUAUCUGUGAGGAACUCAUAUUCUUCAUUAUCUGUGGGGGAACUCAUAUUCUUCAUUAUCUGUGGGGGAACUCAUAUUCUUCAUUAUCUGUGGGGAACUCAUAUUCUUCAUUAUCUGUGAGGAACUCAUAUUCUUCAUUAUCUGUGGGGAAACUCAUAUUCUUCAUUAUCUGUGAGGAACUCAUAUUCUUCAUUAUCUGUGGGGAAACUCAUAUUCUUCAUUAUCUGUGGGGAAACUCAUAUUCUUCAUUAUCUGUGAGGAACUCAUAUUCUUCAUUAUCUGUGAGGAACUCAUUUCUUCAUUAUCUGUGUGGGGAACUCAUAUUCUUCAUUAUCUGUGAGGAACUCAUAUUCUUCAUUAUCUGUGGGGAACUCAUAUUCUUCAUUAUCUGUGGGGAACUUUCAUUAUCUGUGGGGAACUCAUAUUCUUCAUUAUCUGUGAGGAACUCAUAUUCUUCAUUAUCUGUGAGGAACUCAUAUUCUUCAUUAUCUGUGAGGAACUCAUAUUCUUCAUUAUCUGUGGGGGAACUCAUAUUCUUCAUUAUCUGUGAGGAACUCAUAUUCUUCAUUAUCUGUGAGGAACUCAUACUCAUUAUCUGUGGGGAAAAUUAUUCUUCAUUAUCUGUGGGAACUCAUAUUCUUCAUUAUCUGAACUCAUAUUCUUCAUUAUCUGUGGGGAACUCAUAUUCUUCAUUAUCUGUGAGGAACUUAUUCUUCUUAUCUGUGGGGAAACUCAUAUUCUUCAUUAUCUGUGAGGAACUCAUAUUCUUCAUUAUCUGUGGGGAAACAUAUUCUUCAUUAUCUGUGGGGGAAACUCUAUUCUUCAUUAUCUGUGGGGAACUCAUAUUCUUCAUUAUCUGUGGGGAAACUCAUAUUCUUCAUUAUCUGUGGGGAAACUCAUAUUCUUCAUUAUCUGAACUCAUAUUCUUCAUUAUCUGUGGGGAAACUCUUUUCUUCAUUAUCUGUGAGGAACUCAUAUAUUCAUUAUCUGUUAUCUGUGGGGGAAACUCAUAUUCUUCAUUAUCUGUGGGGAACUCAUAUUCUUCAUUAUCUGUGAGGAACUCAUAUUCUUCAUAUUCUUCAUUAUCUGUGGGGAACUCAUAUUCUUCAUUAUCUGUGGGGAACUCAUAUUCUUCAUUAUCUGUGAGGAACUCAUAUUCUUCAUUAUCUGUGGGGAACUCAUAUUCUUCAUUAUCUGUGAGGAACUCAUAUUCUUCAUUGUGGGGAACUUAUUCUUCAUUAUCUGUGGGAACUCAUAUUCUUCAUUAUCUGUGGGGAAACUCAUAUUCUUCAUUAUCUGUGAGGAAACUCAUAUUCUUCAUUAUCUGUGAGGAAACACAUAUUCUUCAUUAUCUGUGGGGAACUCAUAUUCUUCAUUAUCUUCUUUCUUCAUUAUCUGUGAGGAAACUCUUCAUUAUUCUUCAUUAUCUGUGGGGAACCAUAUUCUUCAUUAUCUGUGAGGAAAUACAUAUUCUUCAUUAUCUGUGGGGAAACUUAUAUUCUUAUCUGUGGGAAAACUCAUAUUCUUCAUUAUCUGUGAGGAACACAUAUUCUUCAUUAUCUGUGGGGGAACUCAUAUUCUUCAUUAUCUGUGGGGAAACUCAUAUUCUUCAUUAUCUGAACACAUAUUCUUCAUUAUCUGUGGGGAAACUCAUAUUCUUUAUUAUCUGUGGGGAAACUCAUAUUCUUCAUUAUCUGUGGGGGAACUCAUAUUCUUCAUUAUCUGAACACAUAUUCUUCAUUAUCUGUGGGGGAACUCCUUCAUUAUUCUUCAUUAUCUGUGAGGAACACUCAUUAUCUGUGGGGAAACUCAUAUUCUUCAUUAUCUGUGAGGGAACUCAUAUUCUUCAUUAUCUGUGGGGAAACUCAUAUUCUUCAUUAUCUGUGAGGAACACAUAUUCUUCAUUAUCUGUGGGGAAACUCAUAUUCUUCAUUAUCUGUGGGGAAACUCAUAUUCUUCAUUAUCUGUGGGGGAACUCAUAUUCGUUCUGGUCUGUUUUCUGUCCACAUCGAAUGGUUUGUUGCCGUAGGUGUCGGCUCGGGAAGCUGGGAUUGCGCAAUACUGUUGGCGUGCCCACGACACCAUUCAACAAUAAACAAAAACCGACGAACAAGAAUUUACACUGUGAAGGAUUAACAAUAAGGAUUCUACCCAAGUCCUUUCUGAGUACACUUUUUUUAAACAUCCGAAUCAAAUUCUCGGCGUCGAGUAGGUGCUAUUCCCUAAAUUAA